UUUAAGAAAAGAAUGAUAAACAUAGGGAUGAAAUUAACGAAAAAUGCUAAACCUUCAAAUAUCCAGAAUUAUAAAAAAUUUAUAAAGGACCAUAUUCAAAAAUAUGAAAUUAUUAAAAAAAAUACUCUUGCUACAUUUAACAUAUAUUACAGCGUAUUUUCGGAAAUCUAAUAUCCAAAUCAAAAAUACCCAAUAUUUUUGUUAUCCCAUCAUCAUAUUGUCCUUUAAUAUGGAAUGGCAUAAUAACAAUAAAUCAGGGUGUUUAUAAAGGAUGUGCUUUUAAAUUUAUUAUAUUAAUGUGUAUGAAUUAUCCAAAUCAACAAGAGCAACCAGCUAGAUUAUUUUUUUGCAGACCUCCAUUUCACCCUCAAGUUCAUCCCACAACAGGAGAAUUAGAUUUAAGAAAAAAAUUUGCUAAUUGGGAUAAAAAUAAAAAUAGAUUGGUUGAAGUUAUACAAUAUAUCUAUGAUAUAUUCUAUAACAUAAAUUCAUUUUCAAUUGGAGAAAGUCCUUUGAAUUCAGAAGCUGCCAUUCUCUUUGCUCAAAAUCUUAAAUUAUUUUUGAAACAAAUUUCAAUAAAAUAUAAACAUGAAUAUGGUCCUGACAAUGUUGCAAUAGAGGAGGACACAAAUGAUAUUAAAGCACAUAUCGAUAAUUAUAAUGAUUUGCAUAGAAUUGAUGAUUCCAUGACUAAAACGAUAAAACCCGGCCCCCUGGAUCCCGUCAUCGACCAUCCCGGACCCCCGAUCACGGGCUGUAUUUUUCCCAUUCAGACUGGGGGACCCAUCGAUCCAAAUAUCACACUGGCGCCCAACGUACAUUCGAUAAUCUACGACCCGGAAGAACCAACAGAUCAUUACCUCGAACGUUUUAUGCUUAUCCACCGACAUCAACCUGAGGCAAAUUUACUAUCCUUAUUCUUAUCAUCAUGCGGUCACAGCCUAUAUUCAAAAUUAAAGUUAGCCUUUUCACCAAGGCCUAUGUUGGAAAUGUCAAUAGAGGACGUAAAAACGAUUUUGGGAAACAAUAAUAACAACAAAGGUCUAUCAAUCAACAAGCUUCGUCAACGCAUCCAGCAAGAUGGCGAAACGAUUACUGAAUAUGCGGAAGCUUUGAUAGCUUUGGCCUCACAGUGCGAUCUAGGCAGCUGGGACCUUUUCCUGUCCUCCCAAUUCGGAGCGGGGAUACAAUCCUCCGGAAUAAGAGGUCACGUAAUCACGUCCGAUAAUAUAACGUUUAAAGGGAAGUUAAAAAUUGCGCAAACCUGGGAAAUGGCCGUUAACCAAAAUAAUGCGACAAACCACGCCUACAGCAACCAAAUAAACAUACCCACUAUACACAUCUUCAAAACACCCCGCAAACAUUUGAGAAUUACUAUCAACCCCCACGUCGGAAUUUCCCACGGAAUGAUAACCCAACCUGUUACAAUUGCGGGAACGUGGGGCAUUAUAGAUUCAAUUGCCCAAUAAAACAAACUUUCAACAAUUAUAACUCCUCUCAGUAUACUCCUCGAAAUAUACCUCCGACCCAACCCAAUUUCCCGGCAAUAGCCUACCCAGCGACUAACAGAGUACUACCCGAGACUAAAAAGGUAGAAAACAAAGAGUAU